UGUUCUCAACCACCUGACCCCUGUUGAAUUCUAUUCUGAACCUUAAAGCGUGUGGAUUCCUCCUCUUCUGCUGAGGUUGUUGCUUGCUCCUCCUACGAAUACUGCUUUGUUGCUUUCGCUCCCUAUACCUGGACAUUUCGAUAUCAUGCCUGGCCCUGUGCCGUUCAAGACGUCUGAGCUGAAUAUUCAUAAGCCUGAGGAUAGGAAGAUCUUUAACGCGAAGAAUGGUGCGUAAACUCCUUCCUUACGGGUGCAUAUAACCCCAACAACAGACCAUUCCCCACCCUGCUUCAAUGGCACAGGUGAAUGCUAACAAUGAUUUGCCAAAUGCAGAAUUUAUCGCCACCUCCGGCGAAUUCGUCGGCACGUUCAUGUUCCUCAUGCUAGCCUUCGGCGGAACCUCCUUCGCAAACCUCCUCUCCCCCACGGACUCCGCCAGCGGCGAACCAAACCUCACCCGCUGCUUCUACAUCGCCGCCUCCUUCGGCCUAUCCCUCGCCGUGAACGUCUGGGCAUUCUUCCGCGUCACCGGUGGCUUGUUUAAUCCGGUUGUGUGUUUAGCGUUGGCGUUGGUUGGGGGGAUGCCGUGGUUGAGAGCGGUGUUGUUGAGUGCGAGUCAGGUUUUGGCGGCGAUGUGUGCGGCUGCUGUUGUGGAUGUGUUGACGCCGGGGAAGUUGACGGUGAGAACGACGUUGGCACCCGGGACGUCUAUUUCGCGGGGCUUGUUCCUCGAGAUGUUUAUGACGGCUCAGCUCGUGUUUGUGAUUUUGAUGCUGGCUGCUGAGAAACAUAAAGCGACUUUCAUGGCUCCCAUUGGCAUCGGUUUGGCUCUUUUCGUCAUUGAACUAUGGGGUGUAUACUAUACAGGAGGCUCCGUCAACCCAGCUCGCUCCUUCGGUCCAUGCGUAACCACUAAAACAUUCGAAGGCUACCACUGGAUCUACUGGCUUGGACCCGUCUUAGGCUCCCUCAUCGCAACAGGCUUCUACAAAUUCAUUAAAUACCUCGAAUACGAAACCGUUGUCCCAGGCCAAGACGCCGCGACAGAAACCGAAGCCGAGAAGAAGGAGAAAGAGAUCGAGAGAGCGUUGAGUCGUAGUGAGCAGGGUGAUAGUCAGACGACUGCGUAUGAUGCUCAUGAAGGAGGGGUUGAGAGGAGGGCUGAGGGAGCAGGGAUGUCGGAGGGACAUAAUUUGGUGUGAGCUGAUGCGAGUUGAGAAGUGGGGUGUUACGAGUAUUACCACCGAUACCAUGAAUACAGGCUUUUAUUGUGCCCGUC